AUGGAAGCAGAACCUGAAACAGAGAAGAAGACAUCAUCCAUGAUAUUGGACUGCUCUCUUCUCCCGGAAUUUGUUUCAAAACUGCAGCUGUCUCCGUCUCCAUCAGCAAAAGUGGCAACGAAAGAUCUCACAUUGUCCAAAACAGACUGGUCGUUUCUCCCUGAAGAGCUUUUGCUAACAAUCUCAACUCUUCUUAACAACUGUUUUGAUGUUGUUCAUGCUCGCUCUGUUUGCAACUCGUGGCGAUCCGCAUUUCCCUUUCCUUCUUCCUUGUUACGUGCAAGCUACUCUCUUCCCAAGCUCGCCGAGUUCACUCUCGAGAGCAAAGACUCGUGCACACUCGAGAAGGUCCCUUUGUUUCUCUUUAGAGUCGACAAAACUCGUGAUGCUGCUAAUACUGUGUCGCCUUCUCCGUAUGUUAUGGGAGGAAUAGGCCGAGACGAAGACAAACAUAUAGAGCUUCUUCCAUAUCCUCUUCAAUGUUCAGUGAAAGUGAAGAUCCCAGGAUCUGAUCCAAUCUUGGUGAAAAUGCUUGACUGUCAGAUACUCUCUUUAGGCCAUCAGUACAGAAUGUUCGGUUGGAAACCUGAAGAAUCGUCAACAAAUUACAGAAACGCGGCUUUUCUUAAGUUAAACAAAGAGAGAGGUGAAGAAUACGUUGUGAUCCUCAACUACUCUGGAGCUUUGUUGGUGUUAAGAAGUUCUGAUAUGAGAUGGUUGUGGUUUCAGAACGUCUCAGAUGCUCCCUGUAGGGAUUUAGUCACUUUUAGAGGCAGAUUCUAUGCAAGUUUUUUCAACAAAGAUGUUCUCGUUAUCGAUCCUUAUUCGAUGAAAGUGAUUGUUCCCUUGAUGCCCUCACAGCCUAUGAAUUCAAGCAAUUUUCUAGUUCCUGCUAGUGAUGAUGAGCUUUUCUUGGUGAUGCACUUGUACAACUCCGUUGUAGCGGUUUGGGUAUAG